AUGAGCCAGACAGGGGAAAGAGAAUUUACCAAACUUCUGAGUCCAGCGACAGGCUACGGUGUUGUUGUUGGACUGGGUGCGGCUUUUGCUGUCCUUAUGAUUGCUUUCACAUACCUUCAGCGACGAUUCACUCGCUUCGAUACUAACAACGCGGCCGAGUUUGCUACUGCCAGUCGUUCCAUCAAGCCAGGCCUGAUUUGCGCAGGAAUUGUAUCUGCAUGGACUUGGAGCGCCACUUUACUUCAAUCCAGUGCAGCGACCUAUCAAUCAGGUUUGAGCGCAGCUUGGUGGUAUGGAGUUGGAGGUACCAUUCAGAUCGCCUUCUUCGCUGCUAUUGCGGCGAAAGUGAAAAUGAACGCGAACGGAGCUACAACCUUCUUGCAGAUCUGUAGAGCAAGAUAUGGAACUGCCGGUCACCUUCUAUUCACGUUUUACGCGUUGGUUUGCGCACAUAUCGUCUCGGGAUCAUUAGUCCUUGGAGCUUCUGCUACCAUCAAUGCACUCACGGGAGCAAGUAUCGAGGCGUGCAACUUCCUUCUACCAAUCGGUAUCGCUAUCUAUGUCAUAGCCGGUGGCCUACGAGCCACUUUUAUUUGCGAUUUUACACAUACAGUUAUUCUAUUCGUGAUCAUAUACAUGUUCAUGUUCUCAGCUUAUGCAACUUCACCACAACUUGGGUCAAUCUCCGCUCUUUACAACCACUUAGUCGAGGCGGCCAAAACAGAUCCGGUCUCAGGUAAUGAAGGCGGAAGCUACCUGACGAUGAAGUCGAAUUCUGGAAUUCUAUUUGCUGGAUGUACAAUCGCUUCUGGUUUCAGUGGCGUGUUUUGUGAUCAAGGCUAUUGGCAAAGGGCAAUUGCAAGUAGACCAGAAAGUACCACUAGAGCCUAUAUGUUAGGUGGAUUAAGUUGGUUCGCUAUUCCAUGGGCAUUCGGUACUACGAUGGGACUUUCUUCCCGUGCUUUACAGAGCAGCCCCAAUUAUCCCACCUAUCCAUAUGCUCUAAGUGCAAGUCAGCAAUCCGCUGGUUUGGUAGCUCCUGCUGCAGCUGUCACCUUACUUGGUAAAGGUGGUGCAGUCGCCAUCCUCCUCGCAACUUUCAUGGCUGCUACCAGUGCUGCUUCCGCAGAACUCAUCGCAGUGUCAAGUAUAGUUGUAUACGACGUGAUUGGGACAUACUGGAAGCCGUUAACUGGUAAACAAGUUGUGUUUUGGUCCCAUCUGAUAAUUGCGAUUGCUGCCGUCUGGUUCGGAGCGUGGGCAUGUAUCCUACACAAAGCCAAUAUCGAUCUAGGAUGGUUAUUCUAUAUUCAAGGGGUCUGUCUCACACCUGCUGUUGUUCCAAUCGGUUUGACGGUCUCAUGGGGUAGAAUGUCACAUAUAUCGGCAGUUUACGGUACUUUAUUCGGUACAGUCUGCGGCAUGGUUGGUUGGAUGAUUGGCUGUUGGAAAAUAUACGGUUUGAUCAAUACCUCGAAUUUAGCUAAACCAUAUUCUGCCAUCUCUGGAUCAGCACCAGGUCUGGUCAUGUCAACUCUUGCUACUUUGAUCUUGGCAUAUUUCUUCCCUGGAACCAAUGACUGGACUGCCACAAGAGCUAUCCACCAAGCAGACGAUAACGCUUCUUCAGAUACAAAAGGUGCACCCACCUCGGCUCCCGUCAAAGAUUAUGCCGACGUAGGCGAAAUCUCUUCCGUUCCUAUCUCCACUCACAUCGGAGAGAAGAAUGCGUCUCCCUCAUUGGAGAAACAAGGCAAUACAACGAUUCAAACCAUUGACGUGGAUCAUCCCGGUAUGCCAGAGGAGGAAUCUUACGAUCAAGUAUCUCAGGAGCUUGACAGAGAAGUACUACAAAGGGUUUUUAACAGAGCUUCUAUCAUCUCUGGCUCUGUAGCUAUGAUCAUAACAUUUAUCGUUCCAAUCCCCAUGUUUGCGGCCCACUAUGUGUUCUCAUUGGGAUUUUUCAAAUUCUGGAUUGCAGCCAGUUUUAUUUGGGUUUUCUUGGCUGGUUCAUUUUGCAUAAUAUUACCAGUAUGGGAAUCCAGAGAACAGCUGAUCGCGAUCUCGAAGAAAUUGAUUGGCAUGGGAAGAUCUAAGUACUAG